GGUUAUGUUGCUUCAACUCUUCACUAUCACUAUUUUCAAGCACAGUUCACGCGCAUUCGCUUGCACGGAAGCUCGUUGAUGACCCAAACAUGUACUUCCGCGUAAUGGAAACAAACACACCGCCGGGUCUCAAAAAUCGCUCUGCUUUCGGUAUCGUUUCCAGAGAAAUCCCGUUGUGUGGAUACGUUUUGUUUUGCCAUUGGCCGGGAAAUGGUUGCUACAUCGCAACACAGCGAGUUAGAUUUAAUAUUAGCAUGCGUUAAGGAGAGAUAAAGCAACCGAUUAGACUAUGUCCGUGGUGCUGGUGAACACGCAGGGCUGUGUUUUGGAUGCACGCUCCCUCAUUGAUAAGGGUUAUUUGCAAUGCAUCCGAGUAAGAGAAAAUAAUCAACUAUCACAUGUGAAUUGCCGUUUCAAAGGGCAGUGUUUUCAGAUCCUUAAAAGCCAUUUGAAUGCAAAGGCCACUGUUGCUGCUGAUGGAGGAAACAUAGAUCAGUUGCAGAAAACAGACAAACCAACAAAGAAAAGGAAACGAAAACACAGUGAACUCAACCAGGGGGAAAUUGAUUCACAGGCUUUCCAUGAGAAGAUCAGGUCUGUCGUCCUGGAGGGAACCAAGUCCUUGGUGGAUUCUGCCCGAUCCCUGGGAUAUCUAAAUGGCACUUCAACAUCAGACACAGUGAUUGAGCCUCUUCCCUCUCAGGAGUCCAACCUUGCUGCUCUCUGUGAAAUGGCUAAAGAGCUUCCUCUAGUGGACGAUGAGCAGCAGGAGUGUGCGCAGCCACUUGUUGCUGAAGAUGGCAGUACAUCGCAUGUGGACUUGUUCUCUUGUGUAACAGAGAACAGGACUAACUGGGCAAAUGUGGUCACACUGAUGGGAGGGGAUUAUGUAAUACCACCACACACAGCCUUCUUGCUUUCUGAUUUCACAAGAAUACAACCCCUAGCCCACUAUGGAAGAAGGUUUGACUUAAUAGUUAUGGAUCCACCCUGGGAAAACAAGUCUGUGAAAAGAAGUCGCAGGUACAGUUCUCUGCCCUCGACCCAGCUAAAACGGUUGCCUAUACCUUUACUGGCCUCCCCAAACUGUUUAGUGGUCACCUGGGUCACAAACAGGCCCAGCCACCUGCAGUUUGUCCGUGAUGAGCUGUAUCCACACUGGGGGGUAGACGUUGUGGCUGAAUGGUUCUGGGUCAAGGUGACCACAUCUGGAGAGUUUGUGUUUCCAUUGGAUUCUCAUCAUAAGAAGCCAUAUGAAGUGCUGGUGCUGGGACGGUAUCGGCCCUCUUCAGAUAGCGACACAGGCUCUUCAGAGGCAUCAGAGGUUCCUGUGGAGGAUCAGCGUUUGAUUGUCAGCGUCCCAUCAGCUCUCCACUCCCAGAAGCCCUCACUGUCAGAGGUGUUGAAGCCCUACAUUGGAGCUGAGGCCAAGUGCUUGGAGUUGUUUGCCAGAAGUCUUCAACCUGGAUGGACCAGCUGGGGCAACGAAGUGCUAAAAUUUCAGCACACAAGCUAUUUCACUCUGACGGCGACAGAUGACGGCGCACAAGUCCUUGAAGACAAAGCAGCAGACGACUGCACAGACAAUCCUACAGAACCACAAGGGUUAAGCUCACCUGCAGAAUCGGCUCACUUUCCCACCCCUGUGGAAAAAUGACCGACCUUCAUCACAUGUAGCAUCAGUAUUUUAGUCUGUUUCCAAUAAAGAUUCAAUGCCAGAAUA